CCUUCCAUACCAUCAGUUUGCGUAUGAAAACAAUAAACAACCCUAAAACGAGAGCAAUGAGAAAGGAACGUCGCUCGGUUUCAAGACAAAUGUAGCAAAAUGAUUUAUUGAAACAGCCAAAGACCAUAAGAAUAACGUCUCCCGAAGUGAUAUUGGACCCUCAUUGGUCCUGACACGAAGAAUUUUCGAGUUAUUGUGUCUAGGAGAGAAACCGUUUCGGUUUACCCUUUCCUUAGCUAGCUUUGUAGCUUGUCGUUCCUUACAGUACACUUUGUUUUGUUUGUUAUGCAGUUGCCAGUGGACUGUUUUUGCACUAGUUCUCCUACAUCACCUCUUCGCUCCCUCACCCCAAACUAUCUGGCCUUAUGUCUCGGUGGCUAUUUCCCUGGUCAGGCUCAAUCAAGAAGCGGGCCUGUCGGUACCUUUUACAACACUACCUCGGCCACUUCUUGCAAGAAAGACUGAGUUUGGAACAGCUGAGUCUGGACUUGUACAAUGGCAGUGGUGUAAUAAAAGAAAUUAACCUCGAUGUGUGGGCGGUCAACGAGCUUUUGGAAUCCAUCGGGGCUCCGCUCGAGAUUGUGGAUGGAUUUGUGAGCAGUAUAGCAGUGACGAUUCCCUGGGCAGCGCUGGUGACUGACCACUGCACCCUUGUCAUUUCUGGCCUUCAGAUAACAUGUCGACCCAAGUACCGGACCAGUGGGGGUUGGGAUUCCCAAGGCUGGUCUUCCUGCAUGACGUCCAGCAUGCAGCUGGCCCAGGAAUGCCUGAAGGACCCCCCUGAGGCGUCCGAAGAGCCGCCUGCCCCAUUAGAGGGGCUGGAGAUGUUUGCACAAACCAUCGAGACAGUCCUGCGUCGGAUCAAAGUCACCUUUGUAGACACAAUCGUCCGCAUCGAGCACCAACCCUUGGAUCUGGACACGGGCAUCGCCUUAGAGAUGCACAUCAAACGACUGGAGUACUGUGACGAGGCCGUGCGAGACCCCGGCAGCAGCCAGACGGUGCCUGUAGACAUCCACCAGCCUCCGGCCUUCCUGCACAAGAUCCUGCAGCUCAGUGCCGUGCAGCUAAGAAGAGGAGGAGGUGGAGGAAAGUGAUGAGGAGGAGGAGGA